UGUGAACAUUAUUUUUCCUGACAUCUCAAAUCAAUUUUCUUCUGCAUUCUAUAACGACCGCAGAUCUUUCUGCGAACAUGAAGCAAUUCAUUCUUCUCGCUUUAAUUGGCGUUUUUCUGACACAGAGUGUCACACCAUCGAUAAUUCGCGAUUACUCUUCCAAUUUAAAAUGGUUAUUCGGUUUGAAUAACAAAUUAAAUGAAAGCAAAAAAGAAAUCAAGGAAGAAUCACGGACCGUGUGCAAAACUCAGGAGUGCCAGAAAUUCGCUAAGAUAUUAUUAGAGAGCAUAGACAAAUCCGUGGAUCCGUGCGACGAUUUUUACGAGUACGCGUGUGGAAAUUGGCCGGAACAUAAUCCUAUUCCAGAAGGAGAGGACACUUGGAGUUUAUUCUACAAGGUACAACAGAAUGUCCAGAAGCAAAUAGAAGAAAUUUUGGAUGCGGGAACCGAUAAGAACGAUCUGCUGGCGGUGAAACUUGCGAAGAAGUGGUACGCGGUUUGCAUGGAUACAGACGCAAUGGACAAGCAAGGGCUCGAUCCGCUGAUUUUCACUUUAUCGCGUAUAGGCGGUUGGCCGAUGAUAAUGCAUCCCGAUGAAUGGGACGAACAGGAGUACAGCUGGCAAAAAGUAGAUGAUCAAUACACGCGUUUGAUGGGCAGAAAUGCUUUCCACGAUCUGCGCGUUCGGGAAUACGGUUUGAAUGAGACCGGAAAAGAAGUGCAUAUCGAUACUCCGCAUUUACCUCCGGGCAUAUACAAACUGUGGCUUGGAAAUAUGCAUGAACUCGAGUCAGAAGAAGACGAAAGCGAUGAGGAUCCAAGUGGCGAGGAUAAGCAGAGCGAUGAGCAGAAAGGUAGCCAAGAACCGGGAAGCGAAGAUGAAGACGAUGAUAAAAAAGAUGAUGACGACGACGAUAGUGACAGCGAUGACGAUGACGAUGAUGACAGCGAUAACGACGACAAUGAUGAUGACAGCGAUAACGACGACAAUGAUCAUGACAGCGAUGAUAAUAGCAAUGAUGAUGACAGCAAUGAUAAUAGCAAUGAUGAUGACAAUAAUGAUGACAGCGACGACGACGACAAUGAUGAUGAAGACAAUAAAGCAAACAAACAGGAUGAUGAUAAAAACACCAAGAAGAAAGCAACCAAGAAAAAGUCAAUUAAAAAAACCCAUCAUAAAAGAAACAAAAAAUUGAGCCACAGUAAAAAAAGAAAGAGUGGCACACAGACUACAAAAAAGCACAAUCAGAAGAUCAAAUGGCAGCGAGUAAAAAGACGUGUGAUAACGACGAAGGGGAAUAGUCAGCCCGUGCAGCAUUUUACUCAUCGCGGGAAGUCGCACGCGCGGAAGAAUAAGAAAAAUCACGUGAGGAAAGGAAGAAAAUGGGCAAAAAAGACAUUGGACAACGAGGAAGAUCAUACAUCGACAACAUCGACAACACCACGAGAUAGCACAGAAGAAACGAACGAUGAAGAUACAUUGAAACUGAUAGAAACGUACGCUGAUUACGUUUCGAAGGUAGCUCGCGUUCUAGCUAAAGCAAGAGGCACCGAAAUCUUAGAAGAGGACAUCAAGAAAGACGUUCAAGACAUGAUCAAGUUUCAAGUGAAAUUAAUUGACAUUGUUCUGGACUCCAGUGAUGAAUUCGAGUCGACACUCGACGGCUUUCAAGAAUGGUAUAAUGAAAAGAAUCCUAAAACGGAUAACAGCAAUAUUAAUUGGAUAUAUAAAAUUGCGGAACUAUUCGACGAAGCCAAUGUGGCCAUUGAUGGCGAUUUAAAUUUAAACGUCAAUUCAGCGGACUACUUCGAGGCUCUCGUCUCUCUGUUAGAUGAAACGUCGAGUCGUACGAUCGUGAACUACAUACACUGGAACUUCCUGAGUAAAAUAAUAAGAACUACCACGAGCGAAAUGAGGCAAUUGUAUUAUGCAUGGGAAAAUGUUGGCAAUGAUGACGAAGAUGAAGAUCAAAAAGAACAGAAAACAGAUGACAAAAAGAAAAGAUCAUCCAGCUGCGUGGAAGAAGUAGAGAUGAGUGAUAUUUUAGCAUACGAAUAUGUGAGAAAACAUUUCUCUGAUGAUAUCACGAGAACCGCAACGGACAUGGUAGACGACAUACAAAAGGAAGUCGAGUAUCAGAUUAAAGAAUCAGAUUGGAUGGACGAAUAUACCAAGGACUUUGUUUUAUCAAAAUUAGUGAAUAUGAAAAAAUUCAUUGGAUAUCCAGAUUGGUAUAAAAAUAGCACUAUCGUCAAACGAUACUUUCAAGGACUCAUGAUCGGCAAUUCGUAUUACGAGAAUACACUCAGCUACAGCAGAUACAUUAGAUGGAAAGGACUACGAAUAUUAACAAAAGACGAAGAUGAUGAUGAAACAUGGUGGAUGAGUCCUUUGACUGUAAAUGCCUUUUUCGCCCCAAAUGAAAACAGUAUAGCUAUUUCGGCAGCGGAUUUCCAGAGUCCAUUUUUCGCUUACAGCCGACCACAAGCUAUUAAUUAUGGUAUUAUUGGGUUUGUCAUGGCUCACGAAGUUAAUCAUGGAUUUGACGACACUGGACAUUUGUACGAUAAGAACGGUGAUUUUGUGGAAUGGCUGUCUGUGAUGGCUGAAGCAUAUGGUCAAAGGGCAAAUUGCUUUGUGGAACAAUUUAAUAAUUAUCCCGUCGAUGUAAAAUCAAAAAAGAAAAUAAAGAACUAUGGCAACCAAACAAUAGGUGACAAUAUCGCGGACACAAUGGGAUUAUACACAGUAUAUAGAGCUUAUCUGAGGAGGGAAAGGGAGUGCGGAAAACCGGACACCGUAUUACCAGGUUUAGAAGAAUUGACCAAUGAUCAACUUUUCUUCUUAUCUUUUGCCAAUUUAUGGUGCGAAGCUAGUGAUCCAGAAAAGGCUAUGUGGAGGGUCAAAAUGGACGAACACAGUACCGGACGGUUGAGGGUAAUAGGAUCUGUUUCAAACUCGGAAGACUUCGCCAAAGUUUAUAAUUGCCCGGUUGGCAGUGCGAUGAAUCCCGAAAGGAAGUGCAACAUCUGGAAGUGAUUUAUAACAAUAUAAUAUUAUCAAGCUUUUCUCGAUUAAAGUUAUUUAGUAAAAUUUAAUAAAAUGACGCAUAUAUUAUAAAAAAAAGUCUCUCUUUGCAUCCUUUCACUUCAUUCGUUUCAGAUUCUUUCGCAAAUGUAGAGUCUUUAGCAUAAUCUCGUCGUAAUUAAUGAGCAAUUUUAUCGGAAAGUUUUAUCUCUGUGCAAUUACUACUGACAAGUGAUAAUUAAUCAGGUGUGCACGGAUUAAAGUCAGGUGAACAGCAAAUACUAGCAAAAAGUUUUUAUAUUGAUAAGUUGCAAUAUUUCAUACAUAACUCGUGGUCACUCUUUAUAAAGAACCUUCAGAUGUUUGAAUAAUGAUAUGUAUGCCGGCAGAAUCCUUAUAUUCUAUAAUUAACGCAAUGCGUUGUGUUGGCGC